AUGGCGACUGGCACCGCCGCCGCCAGCGCUUCCGGCGACCCUGCCGCCCACGCGGGAGCCGACGCCUUGGAGUCAGGCGCCAGCCUGCUGCGGCGACGCCACGCCGGCGGGCUUGCGGGCGCGGACGACGACGACGACGGGGGCGGCAAUGCCGAGGAGGUGGUGGUGGCCUCGGUGGAGCAGGAGUUCGCGGACAAGCCCGUGCCGUCGUGGCGGGAGCAGCUGACGGUGCGCGCCUUCGUGGUGGGGUUCAUCCUCGCCAUCUUGUUCAGCGUCAUGGUAAUGAAGCUGAAUCUCACCACCGGCGUCAUCCCCUCGCUCAACGUCUCCGCUAGCCUUCUCGGCUUCUUCCUCGUCCGCCUCUGGACGAAAGCAAUCGAGAGCAUGGGCUUGCUGAAGCAGCCCUUUACGCGACAGGAGAACACCGUCAUCCAGACCUGCGUCGUCUCCGCCUAUGGCCUCACCUUUAGUGGUAAAACCCCUGAACCAUUCUGGCGCUAA